AUGGACACGCAACCGCCUCAGCCGUCGCUCACGAACCCACGCUUCACUCUCGAGCUGGAAUUCGUCCUGUCCCUGGCCAAUCCGUACUAUCUGUCUCACCUGGCCGUCAAUUUCCCCAAUCUGCUGGGCACAUCUACCGUCGACGAGGAAGAUAACAACAGCGACAGCGGUGAAACAACGUCGACCUCGCGCGAAGCCCAGUCCUUCCACUCCUAUCUCGCCUACCUCUACUCCUAUUGGAAAACACCAGAAUACGCGCAGUUCUUAACCCACCCAGGUGCCACACUACGCGCCCUGCGAUUGCUCCAAGAAGACUCUUUUCGACGCGAUAUCAUCCGACCCCAGGUGAUCGAAGGCUUGCUCGCCGGUGACGUCGACUUGCCAGCGGCACCAGAUCAGCAGACACAAGAAGAAGGAGAAGAGGAAGAAGGCAAUGAAUUGCAAGGGACAUAG